UAAGCGAUGAAGGACAAUCAACCAAACCCAGGAUGAAUGCUGCAAUUGCAACACUCCAAGAGAUAUGUCAAGACCAUAGAGACCGUCUACGGCGACAUUGUGACCAUAUCGCUUCCAAUCAGAACGGCAUAACCUCCAAAACAGAGAAGGUCGACACCUUAGCGACACAGGUCGCCAACAUCACUGCUUCAAGAGCAAGGAGAAUUGAGAAAGAUGCUGAAGCAUUACGCGGAGUUGAGCGUGUUGCUGAAGCUGCUGAGCGGACGUAUGCGUCGCUUGAGGCGGUCUUGACGACCUUGAAGUCAAUUGACGCCUUGUUGCCGAGAGAAGAGCGAUUGGGAACAGACAACUCGGCACACAAGGAGCACUACCCAAGGUUACAUGCCCUCCUUUCGUCACGUACGAAACAUGCGCCGCUUACCAAGACGCCAAGACACUGUUCGGGCCGACCUACACUACGACACAAGAAGUCACAAGCAACCCUCCUAACCGCCGCUCCAGCCCUCAAACUCCGCACCCUCACCCCGACGGCCUCAACGUCCCUUAACGUCGCGUCCCUACCAGUACCAGAAGCCGAUGGAGUCAGUACACGGAGUACAGUAGCAGAAAGCUCUCGGAGUCGGUGGACGAUAGCGAGUCGGAGUUUUUCUGUUUUGGGGAGUUUGAUGGGUGGGAGACGGGAGCCGACGGAGGUUAGGGCGGAGGAUAAGUUGAGGAUGAUGGUUGGUGAUCGGAGACGGGGGAAUAGGGUUGUGAGCGAACCAAUCGGUAGACGGUAGAAACGGCAUAUCAAAUGCAACUUUGGAAGUCACGCGUG